AUGUCAUUGAAUCGGCAGCAAAGAGAGAAAUUUGUGACGAGUCAUAUGAACCAAAAAUACAAUCUUGUACACAUGGCAUCGCUAACAGGGCCGCCGCAGUUAUCCGGUUUGUAUUUAAAAAGCUUUUACAACGCUGCAAAGAGGAAUCGCUUGCAACUGCCAGAGCACAUAACGGGAGACGGGACAAAAUUCUGUGGGAAAUGUGGAUGCGUGCGAAUUGGUGGAGUGAAUGUGCGACAACGAUUAGAGGACGUGAGUGACGAGCUUUCCAACGGUGGAAAUCAAGUCUUGAGUUAUGAGUGUUUGGAUUGUGGAGACCUGAAAAGUUUUCCGAUCAAACGGACUGGAGUGAGAGAAAACACGGGGAAACCAGUGGCAGGGCCAUUUACCGAGAGUAUGCGCUCCAAGAUGCCUGGAAUUAAAGAAGCUCAGAAAUCGGGUAGUGAGAAUGGUAUCGGUAAACGGUCCAGUGCGAAGGAAAGGGCCAAAAAAAGGAAAUUGAGCACCUUGAGUAACUUGUUGUCAAAGAAAAAUGGCGAAAAGCAGCCCAAGAAGAGCUCGUUGUUGAACCUUGAAGAUUUCUUGAAGAAGUAA